AUGUUAAAAGACACACGGAACACGCUCAGCAAAGAGGAUCAGCGCUUCCGAGGCAAAGCCCUCAAGGCAGCAGAUUAUGAGACAGUCGAUACCAUGCAGACAGUCCUACAUGGCGUUUUGAUUACUCGUUACUACAACACCACGCUCGCGCGCGCAGGUCAUGAUGUACAAGCCGCAAUCAAGAAAGUGGCGGACAUGCGCCAUCCCGCUGAAUGGUACAUGGAGGCGAGAGCCCAGCAGAGGAUGAUUUACCUUCACAUUGGGCCGACGAACUCAGGCAAGACCUAUCAUGCGCUCAAAGAGUUGGAAAAAGCACGAAGCGGCUUCUAUGCAGGCCCACUGCGCUUGCUCGCACACGAGGUCUACUCGCGCUUCCAGGCAAAAGGCAUGAAGUGCAAUUUGCUAACCGGCGACGAUGUGCGUAUGGAUGAAAGCGAUGGCUCCGAGGUUCAGAGGUAUGCUGCAACCGUGGAGAUGGUCGACACCUCCACCAUAGUCGAUGUGGGUGUCAUCGAUGAAAUUCAGAUGAUGGCUGAUGAAGAUCGGGGCUGGGCAUGGACCAGGGCUUUCCUCGGAGCUCCAGCCAAAGAGCUCCAUCUAUGUGGCGAGCCCCGCGUAUUGCCUCUGAUCAAGGAGAUGGUGGGUGCUAUGGGCGACACGCUGGUCGUCAAGACGUACGACCGUCUGAAUCCUCUCAAGUGCAUGGACCGAAGCUUAGAAGGAGACUUUGGACAACUGAGGAAAGGUGAUGCUGUUGUUGCUUUCACAAUCGUAGGCAUUCACGCCCUGAAGAAGAUCAUCGAGAACAAGACAGGGAAGCGAGUCGCCAUUGUGUACGGAUCUCUCCCACCCGAGACUCGAGCUCAGCAGGCUGCGCUGUUCAACGACCCCAACAAUGACUACGACUACCUCGUCGCCAGCGACGCCAUCGGAAUGGGGUUGAACUUGAGCAUUAAAAGAGUCAUCUUCGAGACUGUCUUCAAAUUCAAUGGUCUGCGAAAGGAGCAAAUGUCUAUUCCUCAAAUUAAACAAAUUGCUGGGCGAGCUGGAAGGUACAGAGUCGCCAAUCAGCCCGAGGAACAUGUCAAAGACGUCAAAAGCCUUCCAAGACGGCUGGAGCAGGAGGGCUCAGUGGGCUUGGUGACGACCUUAUACGCAGAUCAUCUCCCUAUCCUCCGUGCAGCCAUGACAUCGGAAGCACCACCCAUCACCGUCGCCGGCAUUCUCCCGCCGGGAGACUUCAUCGAAGACCUCGCCACCCGAUUACCCAAGGAGACACCGCACGCAUACGUCCUCCAGACACUAGCGGAAGCGGCGUCCGUGCACCCGCGGUACUCCAUGUGCGAGCUACGUAACCAAAUGAAAGUAGCCAACAUCGUCGAGACCGUCAAAGGCCUCGACGCCCAGACCCGACACGUCUUCACCAUGGCGCCCUUCUCCUUCAAGGUCGAGUACUUUGCGCGCGGCGCAGCGCUCCUUCGAGAACUCGCUCAAUACGUCGCCGACCGCGCGACCAUCGACAUCACCGACCUCAAGCACAUGCCCCUCGAGAUGCUCGAGCAACCCCUACGGAGCGACCGUCAAUAUCUGGCCGACCUCGAAUUCCUUCACCAAGCCCUGAUCCUAUACCGCUGGCUGGGCUACCGCGUAGCAUCCCUACUGCACGGCGCGCCGAUGGCGCAGUAUGCCAAAGAGAUGGUGGAAGCCAAGAUAAAUACUCUUUUGGAAGACUACUCGGAUGCGAAGAGCAAGAAGUACGAGUCGGUGCGAAAAGUUCGGGGACAAAUCCCUCCUGGAAGUUAUAAGGAUCGCGUGUCUGUCAGAGAAUUUGCAAGGCAGAAACGGGUGGUUGGGGACGGUCACUAUAAGCUGAAGCUGCAUCUUGGACCCGCGGACAGCGAAGCAGCUGCUGAUGCGGGCGGCGUGAUGAUGAGCGGGAACCCCUGGGCCAGGAUACAGAGGUUCCUUCUGGGCACGAGCUGUCAUCAGCAGCAGCAGCAGCAACCCCGACUAGUGCGUCGGCAGUGUCGUUGA